AAAUCAACACAACGAUUUGAAAUUCUCUAAGGAGUGAACAUACGGAGCGUGCUGUGAACAAGUUUCCGCAUCGUGCACAGUUGCACACGAGAGUACGGCAGUGAAUAAGUGAUCUUUGAAAGAACUGUAACGUGUCGUGUUAUAUUUACAAGGACUCUUGGAGUUUCAAGGAUGCUCCGUUUAGUGUGUGUGGUUAUAGUCAGCACAGUGGCCGUGGCUUCGCCGGUUAGCAGUAGCAAUGGCAAAUGGAUUCCUGAGAAGUACGGAGAAGCCGGCAGGUACAACAGACCGAGAGACGAGGGUAAAUACGUCCACAUACCCUACCCUUACAUACACAUCGACAACCCGUACGACGGCGGCUACGGGCCGUAUGCGCACCAAUACGAACCUUACGAAGGCGCAGAAUCCGUCGACCAGUACAGACUAGUACUCCAGCCUGGCGAUGACAAUCCCUUCUAUAAGGAAGGCUACUAUAGGAACAACGGAAUUAAGAUCAUAAGCCAGAAUCACAACUACCAUGAAGACAAAUACGAUUUUGAUUUUGAGACCGAGAACAAGAUUCGCGCUGAAGAAAAAGCCAUUCUGAAGAACCCGAACUCGAUCGACGAAGGCAUAGCUUCGGAAGGUUUCUACGAGUACAUAGGGCCCGACGGUUUCAUGUACCGCGUCGACUACACCGCCGACGAGAACGGCUUCAGGCCCAAAGUGAAGAGGUUAGAGACCCCCUACUCCGGCAAGUGGAUACGAGAAAAAAUUAACAACUACUAGACAAAUCAAUUCAUACAUGUAUAUACCAAAAACCAAACAAACGAAUCACUCAUAAAUCAGUAUUGUAAAUAA